AUGGAAGCCUCGUCGACUGCGCAACCUCGCAAGCAUACUCGGGUGCUUAACGCAUGCAAUGCUUGUCGCCUCAGCAAGACUCGAUGCGAUUCGGCCCGGCCAGUGUGUGCCAAAUGUAUCCAGCGGGGUGUAACAUGCGAGUAUCCGCAGACGGAUCCCAUCUCGGUUCUAGAGACAUGGGGCGCAAGAAUCUUAGACGCAGUAGAACGUCAAGAGCGGCUUCUGUCACAGACCCUGUCUUCGAAUCAGGCGCCUCCCUUUUUUUCGCAGCAGGCGUCGCCAUCCCCAGUGGACGAAAUAGAUCCAGAGUCAAUCUCGCGCAAUGAUGCACCUAAGACACCUAUUACUGGGUCAGACAUGAUUCUCAGCUGGCCUAUUUUCCCGGGAGAGAAGCCUGCGUCGACUUUCCCAAUGGCAGCGUAUUCCGAGAAGCCAGAUCGCUUUCAGACGGCUCUACCAAGCCUAGAUCCACAAAGGCUUCUCGAAUUGAGACAGAUCUUUAUGACCAAGAUCUGGACCAAGAACCCGAUCGUUGACCCGGGCCAGCUGGACUUUUAUAUCGCUCGGGUGCUAGAAAAUGGCAUUGAGUGGUCAGCCUCGUCGUGCUUGGUGCUACUUGUAUUUGCGCUUGCAGCCAUUUGGGGAAAUUAUCCGGACGACGAAAGCCGGGAGGUCUCGUACAAUGAACGAUCCUUCAGCCCACCAGUCACCUACAUGACGAUGUCGGUUCCGGAGCACCGAAUGAAGGAAUCAUUAAGCUUCCUCUCCAUGGCGCGUAAGCGCAUUUCCACUGCGUAUCUCGAUGAUACCCUACUUGGAGUACAGUGUCUUUGUUUAUUUGGAAUUUGGUAUCAGUAUAAUAUCGAACCGAUUCCGGGCUGGAAAAUGUUCCGGACAGCAUCCAUGUUGUGGCAAACGUAUCGUUUGAAGCAUCGCGAAGGAAAGACAAUCAGAAGCGCACAGGAAGAGAGUCUGGAGCAGCGACUCUACUGGACAUGCUUAAAAUCCGAAUGCGAGGUUCGAUAUGAACUGACGGAUCUUCCACCUUGUGAUCUCAGCCUCUCCGACUUUCCUUAUUCUCUCCCAAGCUUCCCCACGAGACAACUAUCUAACGACAACCCUGGUUGGACGUUUUCCAGCCCCUCCUCCACAGACCUCGAAGCAGGAUCUUCAUAUUAUUAUCUAGCUGAGAUCUUUUUGCGCAGGCUUCUCAAUCGGGCCCGCAAUGCGGUUCGCGUGCUUUCCCCAGAUAUUGAUCUACCGACCAUCAAGAUUCUAGCAGAAACUCUGACGCAGUUGGAAGGUCAACUCCAGCAGUGGGUAGACUGCCUCCCACAUACACUCCAGUUCAAUAUGCCUCUCGAAUCUGCCGUCAGACCAAAGGAGGGUGAGCUCAUGAAGCUAAGUCGUGAGCGAUACGUCGAGGUGCGCGAACUGCUUUGUCGGGCGUAUCUAUACCUGUGCAUCCAUGUGCCACUUGAGCCGGGGAUGGCGGUGCUGUAUGGGGCGAAAGCGAGCGAGGCGCUACUUUUGGCAGUAUAUCGUAUCCAGACCGAGGUGCCAUUCUUUCGGCAUCCGGGGUCAUGGGGAGCAUGUCGAGUCCGGUUUAACCAUGCGCUUUGUCUGAUUGCGGGAUUCCUCGCAAAGUUGACGCAGCGCCCCUCGGCUGAAUAUGUGAACAUUCCUCCAGACUGGGCGGACUGUGUGCGGGUAGUGAUUGAGCGGUUGAAGAUAUGGGGCGAGGAGGGUGGCGGGAUCAAGGAGUUAGCCCGUCUGCGCAUGACCUGA